AUGUUAACUGAAUUGAUCAACUUAAUAUAUGCCAAGGACUUUAUUGAGAAAUUGUUUGCUGGGUAUAGUUUCGAUAUUUCACAACAAACUAAUGUGGUUAAGAAUUAUUAUGCAUCUGUCGAAUUGAUAUUGUUUCUUAUAAAUCAAGAUACUUUUGAAGUAAGAAAAUGUAUAGAUCAAAUCAAUAAUAUUUUGGAUCCUCUUAAUAUCAUUAACGAUCGAACCAAGGUCGUCCUCAUCUUGAAUAGGUUUGUCAGAUUUGAUGUCUUUGAACCACUUGAUUUCAAUGCAAGAGAGCUAAAUAUAACAAUUCGAAACUUUUUGAACUAUGUCGAAUUAAAAAAUAUAAAAUAUGAAAACAACCAUAUGAAAACAAUAACAGCUGCCUUCUAUGUCAUGAUUAAUUUUUCUCUCAGUCCACAGAAUCUACUGAUGGAAACGCAUCAAUUGCAACAUUCAAACGUUACCGCUUGUGAUCAUAACAAUACGAAUUGCUUUCCAAACAACAGCAUUUUACAGUUAAAUUGGGUUUCAGACAGUAAUAUUUCAAAAUUAAAUAAGUAUGAUUUAGGACGAGAUCACAUCUAUCAUCAUUUUGGACUUUUUCAGCCUGUGAUAUACGAAAUGGAACAACCUUCUUUUUCAAUAGUAUUCAACAAGGAAAAGUACGACCUUCUAGAUUACGAAUUCAAAGAAGAUUUGGUAAUAAAUGAAAUUUUUGCUUAUCCAACUGUUAAUAAAAAUAUUUUGAGAAGAAUUUCUAAAUACUUACUGCAAUUGUUUACUUGCAAACUUGAACGAAUUCCUAAUGAAUUUCAGUUUGAAUAUGAUACAAAUGAAUAUAAUAUGAGAUUAGAUAGGAUUAUAUCUUCAUCUGAUAAGAAAUCUAUCCCAAUAAGACAUUACAACGGAUUAACGUUAGCAUAUAAAAUAUUCACAGAAUUAAAAUCAAACAAUUUCCUGGUCGAAGUUAAAAGGUUACCCUUCAUAUAUCAAUUUACACAAGUGUUUAUUGAAACCAUUGCAUGUAAUAGUCUUUGUGGAUUUCUAACUGAUGGUAAAAUGGUCUUAUACAUAAAAAUUAACCCUGAUCUUAAUUGUAUGGGAAAAUGUUCUAACUAUUGGGAAAAUAGAAUGGUUCCUUGUCAGAUAUUUGAAGUCCAACUGAAUAAAGACUUUAUUAAUUGUGUUAUAGAUGCUGCAAUUGAUUCAAGAGAUGCAACAUUUCAAACAAAAAUUUUAGAACUACGUUCUGCUCCAUCAAUUCUUGAAUAUUAUUAUUGUCUUUUACAACAGUUUCUAUUAAGCCUUACAGAAAAACUUUUCAAAUCAAAAUUUAAUAGAAUAUCUAUUAGGACAAAUAGGGAUGAUGAAAUAUCUACAUUUGUGAAAUUGUAUUUCAACAGAAAACUUCGUAUAAAUAUCAAUGAGGUUGUUCCUAUAAGAUAUUUCAACCUUAUUAAGAGAAUCAGGCUUUAUUAUGGUAAUAAAUUUAUUGUACAAACUUUACAAAAUGCUCUUAAACCAUUCAAAAUAUUAGAAGCAUUUGGACAAAAUGCAUCAUUUAGACAUAGCAGUGUUGUUUUGAAAUUAGCUUCGAAUGAUGGGCGUCAAUAUAUUCUUAAGAUUUAUGAUCCUAUAUUCAGUGAGAGUAUGAUUAAAUACAAUUUCAGUUUUAAUAUAUCUGUACAAGAUAGUAUGGCGUCAUUCAUAAGUGAAUGUUGUGCUUAUUAUAUCUUGAGAAAGCAAAGUUUUGUACCUAAAGUAUUCAAAGUUGGUCUUUUAACCAGUGAAACGAAUUCAGUAAUGAAACAAUUCGACAUUGAUAAUAUGAAUUUGAAAGGAUUUUAUAUUCUCAUGGAAUAUAUUGAUGCUCAACACAUCACUCAAGAAUCAUAUAACAAAAUGGAUAUCUGGCAAAAAUUAAAAGUAAUGCAUAACCUAGGAAUUAGCCAUGGUGAUAUGUGUUGUAACAAUAUUUUAGUAAAAGAUAAGGGGAAGAAUAACUUGCUUUUAAAGCAUCCUAAAUUUUAUUUUAUUGAUUUUGCUAAAUGCAAAAUAUCCAACGCUAAACGGAAUAUGAAAGUUUCGUCUCGAACAGAAGACUAUGAGUUAAGUGUUAAAACGGAUUUGGAGAUCCUUAAUCAAAUAGGGUUCGUAUCGUUUUAG